AUGCUAGCGGCCAGCAUCGUGGCGAGCGUGCUGGCAUGUUUUUUUUUGCUACCGGGCGUGGUUUGUCAAGCCAGCGAAGAGGAGAUUGCUGCUGCCACCGAUGUUAUCUUUCUGCCAUGGUCAGUGCCUCUCCGUCGAGGGGCAAGCCCGAACUCCGCGAAGCUUUGCUGGUGGCAUGAGUAUCCGGAUGAUUUCUUGAAACACUCCUAUCGUCAGUGCUGUUGUGCAAGUCCUGCUCAAGCACUGCAAUGCUGGGAUGGUGACAGCAGCGCGGGACCUCCCCAGUCUUGCUGCCAUUACAGGUAUGGGCCAGGUACCACCUGCUUCCCUUCUCACGGCCGCGUUCGCCUGGAAUUCCCUGGCCUCCCGGUGUUGUCUGCACAUCUGAAGCCCUCAGACUACGAGUACGAACCUCACUUCGCUGCAUUGCUUACGCAAGGGCACUUGCUAGAGCCCUUCCUCCAGGCUCCAGUGGGCCGCCAAAAGCUGCGGGCCGUAGAUCUCGGUGCGGGUAAAGGCCUGGACUCCGUGGUCCUUUCCAAACUGGGCCACCUCGUGGUCGCCAUGGAGCAAGAUCCCCAGGAGCUGCAGCUGAUUGAUACCAACAAAAAGCUGAACAACGUCUCCUUCGAAGUGGUCCCCGCUGACUUGACGGAGACAGAGACUGCCGCAGCAAGGCUUCUUGCGGCGAGCGGCGGCGCGGCUUUCGACCUGAUCGUCGCCAACUUCAUGGCCUACCUGCCUCCAGCGGUGUUUCUGAAAGUGCUAGACUUGGUGGAAAGGAUUGGUACCCGAGACUUUGUAUGGCUUUGGCCGUGCGGUAAAGAGGAAUUUGACGCAGAUGACGAGCAGCGGCCCAAUCGCGACCAAGCGACGGGGCGCUUUGAGGUCGUGGAUGUUUUGACCUUCGGAAACGCCGGCAACCCUUUCGAGGCAAAGGUGCAGCUCGGCAACCUCCGCAUCUGCGCGCUGCAACGACGCGGGCGACCGCCAGGCGCUUGGCGGUAUCGCUGGCCGCGAGCCCGGGCCGCGAGGGUCUUGAGCGCCUCUGCUGCCUGCGCUCCGCCUCUCUGGCGGUGCUCGCCGGAAGGUCUUUUGUUCCAGGCCCUGAAGGACGAGAGGCUCGGGCCCAGAUUCCUGCAGUCCUAG